AUGGAUUUGGUGCCACAGAGGCUCCUGGACAACCAGGCAGCAAAAGAACGGGAGGCCAGUGUUGGUUUGCAAAGGGACGAGGAUGACAUUUCUCUGUGUGAAGAUGCGGAGCUACCAGAUGGAGAUCUGUCAGCCGAAGAAAAAAUAUUUCUGGAGGAGUUUCCCAGAUUGAAACAGGAUCUGGAAGUGAACAUUAGAAAGCUCCGUGCCCUUGCAGACCACAUGGACACAAUCCACAAAACAUUCACCAAGACCAACAUAGUGGCCAACUCUGUCACCGUCUUCUCUGGAGUUAUGAGUGUCCUAGGUUUAGCCCUAGCUCCAGUAACAGCAGGAGGAAGCCUGGUGCUCUCGGCCGCUGGUCAAAGUUUAGGGACAGCAGCUGGGGUCACCAGUAUCAUGACCAGUGCAUGGGAGCACUUUCACAAUAAAAAAGCCCGAGCUCAGGCCAGCAGCCUAGUGCCCACCCUUGACCAAGAGGUCAGGGUGGCUGGAGGAAAGGAAGCAUCCUAUGUUAUGGCUGCCAGUCAGAUUGCCUAUAAUUGUGGAAGCACCAUCAGGGAUGUCAAGAAAAACAUCCGUGCCUUUCGGACAGCCAGGGCCCACCCGCAUUUGGCCAAAGCCGCCAAGCGUCUCCUGACCACUGGCCAAGUCUCGGCCCGAAGGAGCAGGCAGGUGCAAAAGGCCUUUGAGGGUACAACACUGGUGAUGACCAAAAAUGCUCGCAUGCUGGGAGGUGCGAUGGCCACCUUCUCCCUUGGCCAGGACUUGGCUGCUCUCUGGAAGGACUGGAAGCAACUGCAGGAGGGAGCAAGAACAGAGUCUGCAGAAGAGCUAAGGUCCCAGGCAGGGAAGCUGGAAAGGAAGCUCGCAAAGCUGACCCAGCUCCACGAGAACCUGCAGCAGAAGAAGAAAGGCCAUGUGAGAAAGGCCAUGCAAGAAGGCUCCUGUCUGCAUGGUGGGAAGAGAGCCCUCACCAGGAACAGAAUGGAGGAACUUCCCUUCAUCGGAUAA